ACUUUGAAUACCAAUGAUCAGGUCGUUGGCUGUAAAGACCGCUGCUGCUGCCAAGUCGCAGCGCACUAUACUGUCUCGCAACUAUUCUUCUGCUAUUGCUACCAGUCCUUCCCCUAGCGCUGAUCAGCUAAAGUACUCGUACCCAGCAUCUCUCGCUAAUGUGCCAGAGACCAAGGUCACCCGUCUUAGCAAUGGCUUUACUGUUGCUACAGAAUCUAACCCCAACAACCAGACAGCUACGGUGGGCGUAUGGAUCGAUGCUGGCUCUCGGUUUGAAACUGCAAAAACCAAUGGCACUGCUCACUUUCUAGAACAUAUGGCUUUCAAGGGAACCAAGUCCCGCACACAGCUGCAGCUAGAAUCUCAGAUUGAAAAUAUUGGCGGACAUUUGAACGCAUAUACUUCUCGUGAGCAAACUGUCUACUACGCCAAGGCACUUGCUGGUGAUGUUGGUACCUCUGUUGAAAUCCUUUCUGAUAUUCUCCAAGGCUCAACUCUUAGCGAAGAUGCCAUUUCGCGUGAGCGUGAUGUGAUUUUGCGCGAGUCCGAGGAAGUUGACAAGAAUAAGGAAGAAGUCGUUUUUGACUUGCUUCAUGGUGCUGCUUUUCAGGGAUCAUCUCUGGGUCGCACCAUUCUUGGUUCUCGCGAAAACAUCAAGAGCAUUUCUCGCCAGGAUCUAGUCAAUUAUAUUUCUGAAAACUACAAGCCCAACCGCAUGGUUCUUUCUGCUGCUGGCGGUGUUGACCACGAUGCUCUUGUCAAGCUAGCCGAAAAGCACUUUGGAUCUCUCAAAGCUGGGCCUGAAAAAACCAAACCCGAAAAGACCCCCUUUAUUGGUUCAGAUGUCAAGGCUCGUUUUGACAACCAUCCUACUGCACACAUUGCUCUUGCUGUUGAAGGUGUUUCUUGGACCAACCCUGACUACUGGCCACUCCUCGUUGCUCAGUCCAUUAUUGGGUCAUGGGAUCGAUCUCUUGGUGCUGCUUCACAUGUGUCAUCCAAGCUUGCACAGAAGGUGGGCGAGCACGGUCUUGCCAACUCGUUCAUGUCAUUCAACACCUCGUACUCGGAUACUGGUCUGUUUGGUGUUUAUGCAGUUUCUGAAAAUUUCAUGCACCUUUCCGAUUUAGUGCACUACAUUCAAAAGGAAUGGCACCGCCUUGCAAUCAACAUAACCGAGGCAGAGGUUUUCCGUGCAAAGAAUCAGCUCAAGACCUCCUUGCUUCUUGCUCUUGAUGGUACCACUCCUAUUGCAGAGGACAUUGGUCGUCAAAUGCUUGUUUAUGGAAAGCGAUUAACUCCAUGGGAGAUUGAUGGUUUGAUCGAGUCUGUCACUGUUAAUGAUGUUAUGAAAGUGUCUUCCAAGUACAUCUACGAUCGUGAAGUUGCAGUGAUUGGAUAUGGCCCUGUUGAGGCCCUACAAGAUUACAACAGAAUCCGCUCUGCUAUGGCACCCAUCCUUUACUAGUAGCAUACGUUUUCACAUUUGGGUAUUAUUUUAUAUAUCUCUAUAUAUAAAGCGAUUAAUUACUCUACUCACUUGUUUGGCUUUUCAUUUCAGCCGGCACAUCUUUCCAAAUUGGCUGCAGGCCGUUGAAUGAAUAUUUUUGUUUCUUUGGUUUACAGCCGU